AGUACGGCGCAGCCAUGUCGGGCCCGGCGCGCGCGCGUAUAUUCGCGCUCCACCUAGCGCCCGCCGCGUUUUUCCUACUACUAUGGUAUCCUGAAUCUACUACAGCUGUGGCGUGCAACCAAACAGUAUGCGACUGCGCCGGAUUGAAAGGUGACCGAGGCACUCCUGGUCCUCCCGGACUACAGGGUCCACAAGGAGACUAUGGCGAAGACGGUCCUGACGGCCGUGUGGGCAGGGUCGGUGAACCUGGAGACUUUGGGGAACGUGGUGAUUAUGGUGAUAAAGGCGAACGGGGCAUUGACGGACCAUAUGGACCUAGAGGAUAUCAAGGAUCACAGGGCAUGCAAGGAUUAGAAGGUGUAAGAGGAUUACCAGGUCUAGAUGGAUGCAGUGGUGUUGACGGUGUUAUCGGGCCGCCUGGCAGACCAGGCAUUCCAGGAGAUAGAGGCUUGCCUGGUCUUUACGGAGAAAAAGGGUUUCCAGGCUUAGCUGGUGAAGGAGGAUCGAACUCACGCGGAGCGAAAGGAGAACAAGGAGAGUUUGGACGUCCAGGCAGUAUUGGUGAAGUCGGUCCUCAAGGUUAUAGGGGUGACAGUGGACCAGUUGGUGAAGACGGUGAUCAGGGUCCAGCCGGACCGCGUGGUGAAUCAGGUUAUAGAGGAGAUCAAGGUGAUGAAGUGAUCGGACCUGCUGGACAAAAAGGAGAUCAAGGUGAAAUCGGUGAACCUGGCAGACAAUCACAGAUUAUAGUCGAUAAUGAACUACAACAAAAUAUUACUAUAAUAGCAAAAGGAUUCAAGGGUGAAAAAGGCUUAAGAGGAAUGAGAGGUGAAAAGGGAAGCAAAGGCAUGAUAGGCUCUGUCGGCCUACCGGGUCCUCGUGGUAUCAAUGGUAUCCAAGGUCAAAAAGGAGAUCAAGGUUUGGAUGGCCCUAGAGGAAAACCAGGACAUAGGGGCCAAGAUGGACCUCCGGGUUCUAAAGGUGAUAAAGGAGCCCCAGGAUACGCAGGUCUAGAUGGGUCCGAUGGAACUCCUGGUGAAAGAGGUGAAGAUGGACGUUCUGGUAAUCCGGGACCACAAGGUCCAGUGGGAGAGCCAGGCAGAUUCGAUCCUAGUUUAAAUGAGCCAAUUUUGCCUGGCUCUAUUGGUCCACAGGGCCCUGAAGGAUUCGUAGGCCCACUAGGUGCUCCAGGCUUAAAUGGACAACCUGGGUUGCCUGGUAUUAUGGGAUUACCUGGAUUGCCAGGCACAAAGGGUUUUGCGGGUAGACCUGGACCUCCUGGCACUUCUCCGAAGGGUGAACCAGGAAAUGAUGGUUUCAAAGGUUUACCAGGACCAAGAGGCCCGCCUGGGUUCCAAGGUUUACCAGGAUCAAUGGGUGUCAAGGGUUUCAAAGGUAUUACAGUCGUGGGUCCCGACGGUGAAGGGGGUAUGCCAGGUAUAGAUGGUGUGCCUGGUUUUCGUGGUGAACGUGGUGAACCUGGAUUUAUGGGUCCAGCUGGUUUUCCGGGUAGAGGCUGGAUUGGAACCGGACCUCCUGGUGAAACUGGCCGCCCAGGAUUCCCUGGGCCUGUGGGUGAUCCAGGUCGUCCUGGGACACCGGGUUAUCCAGGAUCAAAAGGAGAUCGCGGUGAUGAUUGCCCAAUAUGUCGAUCAGGUUUUCCGGGAGCUAAAGGUCAAAGAGGAGACGAUGGUUUCCCUGGGAUGAAAGGAUUCCCUGGGCCGGAAGGAUUGCCUGGAGCUCGAGGCGUAGACGGAUUCCCUGGUCGACCUGGAACUCCAGGCCCAAAGGGACCUAAAGGAAGUAAAGGACAAUCUGGCAUGGCUGGUCCCCAAGGUCCGACAGGAAGACAUGGAUCUUUGAAACGUCCACCCCUAUCUAUGACUAUAGCAGACCCAGGGGAACAAGGAGACAUUGGAUUUUAUGGACGUAUAGGACAACCAGGAAAUCCAGGGUGGCCGGGCAUGAGGGGAGAUUAUGGACCUCCAGGCAUCAAGGGCAGAUGGGGUGACUACGGUUCACCAGGUCUACCAGGCAGGAACGGGUCAAGAGGACGUGAUGGAAGGCCAGGGAUACCCGGUUGGCCGGCUGAUAUACAUAUAUCUUUCCUUGUCGGACAGAAAGGAGAAAUGGGUCCGAUUGGAGAUUUUGGUGAACCCGGCGAAGAUGGUAUAAGAGGGGAAGUCGGAGAAGCUAUUGGUAGCGACAUAAACAUAAAAGGCUACAAAGGCCGGCCUGGAUAUCCUGGACUAAAAGGUAUACGAGGAAGAAAGGGUCAACAAGGUGAUAUGGGCUAUGACGGGUUCCCUGGUAUCAGAGGUGAUACUGGCAGACCAGGUGGUACAAUGCCAGGCCCAAUAGGUUUUAAAGGUCACGUAGGUGAAAAAGGUGACAUCGGGCCAUUUGGUGAACCUGGUACUCCUGGACCACAAGGGCAAACAGGCUUCCCGGCAAGUAAAGGGCAAAAAGGGUCGCGUGGUGAUAUUGGAGCUUCCAUUAUUUACGGUGACCGUGGUCUGGACGGUGUACCUGGGGGACCGGGAGAAAUUGGAGAACCUGGCUACCCUGGUACUCCAGGCCAUAUGGGAAUUAUUGGGCAGAAAGGAGAUAUAGGCCUGCCAGGAGAUAUUGGUUUCGACGGCCCGAGAGGACCACCCGGUCGUAAAGGAUUACCUGGUAUUAUAAUACAAGGCGCGCGAGGAAUGCCUGGUACACCCGGUUUUCCAGGAGCAAUAGGACCUAUUGGAGAUCCUGGAAUGCAGGGACCAAAUGGUAUACCGGGUGAUGAAGGUCAAAAAGGAAUGAAAGGAAUCGAUGGUUUUAGAGGCGCUCGUGGUCGCCCAGGAGAAAGUGGGCCCAUUGGUUUUCCUGGAUUUCAGGGUCUCUUAGGAAGAACUGGCUUAAUGGGACAAUUGGGUGAUCGUGGAGAAACUGGUGCCCCUGGAUACAAUGGCAGGCCUGGUAUUGUAGGUCCACCAGGGCCACAAGGCCUCAAAGGAUCUCGAGGAGAUAUUGGAUUCCAAGGUGCCCCUGGUGCAGAUGGAUGGCCUGGUGCGAAAGGAGAAUUAGGAGAUUAUGGUUUUCCUGGCCUUAAAGGUUUGCCUGGAGAUAAUGCGAGAGUAGGACUUAAAGGUGACAGUGGUGAACCAGGUUUUAAUGGUAUCUCGGGUAGACCAGGUUUUAUGGGUCUUAAGGGAGAAAAGGGAGAUAUUGGAGACAUCGGUCCUAGCUAUGAAGGAAUGUCUGGUCCCAAAGGUCCAAGGGGAAACAUGGGAUAUUCAGGUAGACCAGGCUUUAAUGGAACAAAGGGAGAAAUUGGUGAUAGUGGUUUAGCGGGAUUUACAGGUGAAAUUGGCGAUAAAGGAUAUCCAGGAGUCGCAGGAAUCCCAGGACGAAAUGGAUAUGAUGGCCUUAAAGGAUUAAUGGGAAAUCGCGGUUUUGUUGGUUUUACGGGCUUAAAAGGAGAUAGAGGUAUGGACGGUGAACCAGGAAAAAUGGGCAUUCCAGGACUUCCCGGUGACCAGGGACCCCGUGGAGUACCAGGACAACGAGGUCAAAUUGGCAGGAAAGGAGAAGAAGGUGAUCCCGGACCUAGUGCCUUUUUGCCAGCUUCAAGGGGUGAUAUGGGUGAAAUGGGUUCAGAAGGUUUUCCCGGUAUUCGAGGUGAUACGGGUGAACAAGGAUACAUCGGUUUUGUAGGUGCCAAAGGAAUAAGAGGUGAUAUAGGUGAAAAAGGGAUGUCUGGUGACAUUGGUUUAUAUGGCCAGAAGGGAUCUGUAGGUGAUCAAGGUCCACCUGGCAUGCCCGGCUUAAAUGGAGCUUUUGCUGAACAAGGUGAACAAGGAAAACCUGGAAUUGACGGUCUUCCAGGAUGGCCUGGACCGAUGGGUCAAAAGGGUGCUCCUGGAGAUUUUGGUAUUGAUGGACCAGAAGGAUCACCUGGAUUGCCAGGGCUCAGUUUUCAGGGUCCUAAGGGAAUGAAAGGUAACGAUGGUAUACAUGGAAGAAGAGGAUAUCCAGGUGCACCUGGCCCAAGAGGAAUGGAAGGUGUACCAGGAUUAACUGGUACCAAAGGUGAUUCUGGCGAAAUAGGUUUUGCAAUAAGUCCCAAAGGAAUGCCAGGUAAUCCCGGCUGGAGCGGUUUACGUGGUAUUAAAGGUGAGGCGGGUGAAUCUGGUGAUUUUGGCUCAGAUGGUUAUAUCGGACCCCGUGGAAUUAUAGGUAUAAAAGGAGAAAGGGGUGAUGAAGGCGAACAAGGUCCUAUUGGUCUACCAGGAGCAAUUGGUUUUAAGGGUGACAAAGGUGACAUGAUUCCAAUAUCAGAAAUUCCACCUGGGCCAGUUGGAGAUAUUGGUCCACAAGGAUUCGAUGGAAGACCCGGUGCUCCUGGCAGACCAGGAAUAGCCGGUCGUAAUGGAAUCCCAGGUUUCAAAGGAUUGAAAGGAGACGCUGGCUAUAGAGGUCUUCCUGGUGAAACAGGACUUAUGGGCUUACAAGGAAUAAAAGGUCAACGAGGCGACCGCGGCCUUGAAGGUUACCGUGGCGAACCAGGCGAGCCUGGUUUACCUGCACCUCCUCCACCGGUACCGAAAUCACGAGGCUAUUUCUUCACAGUACAUUCUCAAACUAGAAUGAUACCACAAUGUCCAGAAGGAACAUCACCACUAUGGGAUGGUUUCUCAUUAAUACAUAUUGUCGCAAACGCUGAAGCUCAUGGACAAGACUUAGGUGCUCCGGGUAGUUGUUUACGUAAAUUUUCCACAAUGCCAUACAUGUUCUGUAAUUUAAACAAUGUGUGUGAUUUCGCGCAAAGAGAAGAUUACAGUUUCUGGUUGUCGACACCAGAGCCAAUGCCUAUGAGUAUGACACCAAUUCAAGCCAGGGAUGUUGGAAAUUAUAUAUCAAGAUGCCAAGUUUGUGAAUCUCCUACUCGGACUAUCGCCAUACACAGCCAAAGCAACGACGUGCCUGCGUGUCCUAACGACUGGGAACAGCUUUGGAUCGGUUACAGUUUCUUAAUGCACACAGCAGGCGCGGACGCGGCGGGCCAAAGUUUGAUAUCUCCUGGAUCCUGUCUGCGCGACUUCCGCACCAAACCAUUUAUAGAAUGUAACGGCCUCGGUCGUUGCAACUACUUCGCAACCGCCAUCUCCUAUUGGCUUUCCACCAUUGACGAUGCAAGAAUGUUCGAAAGACCUCAACAGCAGACUCUCAAGGCCGAUCAAGUAUCCAAAAUAAGCAGAUGUGCAGUAUGCAUGAGGCGAUCCCCGGGUAGGAACAAUAACAGAACGCCAUUCCCGAGUGGCGACGUAGGCUCUGUACCCAAUGCGGUAGUACGCCGUCCUGUCUAUAGGCGGCCAGCGUUCCGACGCGGUGACUACAGACCAGGAGGCCGAUUGGUUCGUGGCCGUCCGCGGCACGCUGCACGCAGAAAUUCGUAGUGUAGAGACUAACGAAAUGUUGAAUAUUCAAAUUGCAUCUCGAAGGAUGCUACCACGUUUAAUUAGCAUGAACGAUUAGAAAAAUCACUUUGUCCAGAGAUGCGGAGCUAAGUGCGAUCUAUCUUCCACGUGAUCAUUAUUAUUUACUCAUAACAAUCUACAGGACGAAUGAAGAGUAAUUUUAUAUUUGGUACCUACUAUGCUUAGUAAAUAUAAUCUUCAACUUACUCGCGUUGUAUUAAGAGCUUAAAAUUGUUUUGCCGCGCAAAGUUCUGCAUCAUUGGUCAUGAUCAUGUUUACUAAUUUACCGGGCGUAUCAUAUGAUUUUUCAUCGUGAUCAAUUUAUAUUAUUUAAUUUUCAUCUAGACUAUAGAGCAUGAAAUGCUUAAAUGUCAUCACUGCCAAAAUAUUUUAUAAUGCUAGUUCUCCAAUAAAUAAUAUUGAAAUUUAAGAAUAUGAAAUUACGAUGGUUUUGUUUACAUAACUAUCAACUUGAGAUAUAUGUAACCUAGUCUAAAUAAAGUAAUAAAGCCGUAACUUUAUUUUUAUAUAAUAAAUUAGAUGGACGAAUGGUUAAUGUAAAUAAAUAAAUUACGUUUAAUAAAUUU